AUGUGCUGUCGGCUCUUCUGGUUUCACCAUAUCAAAAGCCUGACCAAGCGGAAAGUUAUCGUGCAGGAAGCCAAAAAUCUUGAGGUGUACCCCCUGCGUAUCGGAGGCUUCAGCAAGCCAGGCUUUCCCGGCGUCAUCGUUGCGGAGGGAUCCCUUGCAGCGCUGGAGGGAUACACGGCCACGCUGCGCGCGCUGCGCUGGAGCGCCAUGGCCGUGCGGGGGGAGGAGGCGGGUGGCCUUACGCGCCGCUUGCCCUUGCCCCUCCGCGAGGUCGCUGGGGAGGGUAUGGGGGAGCUGGCAUCCCUGUGCCGCGGCGCGGGGGUGGAGGCGCUCUUCCUCUCCGCCCUCAAGCUCCCCACGGUCUGA